AUGGCGCCCACUGAAGACAUUUUUGUGCGUGACUACUACAGAUGCUCUUAUGGCUGGAAUUGGAACGGACGAACAUGUGUUCGCAACAACUGGUCCUACUGGGGGCGCUGGGUGUUAGCGGGCAUCAUCAUAUUUUUCUUCGUUCUCUUCCUCUCUUGCUGCCUAUUCUCUCGCCGUCGCAAAAGCCGUGGCGUUAAGCCCGUGUACGGCACUGGAUGGAUGGCGGCCAAGCCUUGGGGCAGCAACAACAACAACAACCACCAGAUGUACAACUACGGCAACCAAGGCGGCUAUAACCAGGGCUACCAGCAGAACAACGGUGGUUACGGAGCUCCACCUCCACCCCCAGCCUACGGCCAGCAACAGCAGCCUCAGUACACUGGUACGACAUUCAACACCAACGACGGGUACUACGGCCAGGGCCAGUAUUCCGGAGUUCAGCAACCUCAGGGUACAUACCAGCGUGAAGGUGCUUACUCCCCACCUGCGGGUCCUCCUCCUGGAAAGUAA